AUGUGGCCCCUGUGGCUCUGCUGGGCACUCUGGGCACUGUCCCUGGCUGGCCCUGGGAUGGCCCUCACCGAGAGGCAGGUCCUGGGCAGUCUGCUGCAGCAGCUGCACCUCAGCCAGGCGCCCGUCCUGGACAAGGCCGAAGUGGGGGAACUGGCCAUCCCCGCCCACGUGAGGGCCCAGUACGUGGCCCUGCUGCAGCGUAGCCACGGGGACCGCUCCCGCGGGAAGAGGUUCAGCCAGAACUUCCGAGAGGUGGCCAGCAGGUUCUUGGUGUCCGAGGCCGACACGCACCUGCUGGUGUUCGGCAUGGAGCAGCGGCUGCCGCCCAACAGCGAGCUGGUGCAGGCCGUGCUGCGGCUCUUCCAGGAGCCGGUCCCCAAGGCCGCGCUCCGCAGGCACGAGGGGCUGUCCCCGCGCAGCGCCCAGGCCCGAGUCACCAUCGAGUGGCUGCGCGUCCGCGACGACGGCUCCAACCGCACCUCCCUCAUCGACUCCAGGCUGGUGUCCCUGCACGACAGCGGCUGGAAGGCCUUCGACGUGACCGAGGCCGUGAACUUCUGGCAGCAGCUGAGCCGGCCCCGGCAGCCGCUGCUGCUGCAGGUGUCGGUGCAGCGGGAGCAGCUGGGCCCGCGGGCCUCGGGCGCCCACAGGCUGGUCCGCUUCGCCGCGCAGGGGGCGCCGGGCGCCGGGCACGGGGAGCCGCAGCUGGAGCUGCACACUCUGGACCUCACCCACUACGGAGCUCAGGGCAAUUGUGACCCUGAGGCACCAGUGACCGAGGGCACCCGCUGCUGUCGCCAGGAGACGUACAUCGACCUGCAGGGGCUGGAGUGGGCGCAGAACUGGGUCCUGGAGCCCCCGGGGUUCCUGGCCUAUGAGUGUGUGGGCAGCUGCCUGCAGCCCUCGGAGCCGCUGACCUUCAAGUGGCCAUUUCUGGGGCCACGGCAGUGCAUCGCCUCAGAGAUGGCCUCGCUGCCCGUGAUCGUCAGCGUCAAGGAGGGAGGCAGGACCAGGGCCCGGGUGGUCAGUCUGCCCGACAUGAGGGUGCAGAAGUGCAGCUGUGCCUCAGACGGGGCGCUCGUGCCAAGGAGGCUCGAGCCGUAG